AUGAACCGAACAGUAUCAAUGGGAUUCAAACACUCACUUGAAAUUCUGCUGACUACCGCAGAACAGAGUUCCGCCAUACAUUAUUAUACAAUAUGCUUACGACGUGUCGUGCCUAUGGGGUUCCAUGAAGCUCGACACUCGGUACAACGUCGACAGGCCUACGAUGACAUCAACUAUGAUGACAACCUGCUAGCUGAUGAAGCGGGAGAAGAAGAUGCACAAAAUGAUACAGAUUUUAGAGAUUCAUCACCAAAUCCGGUGGUAAAAGAACCCGCGAUCAUAGUUACAGCACCCUCUAAUUAUGAGGUUAAAGUCGGAGGAGAACAACGCCUGGCCUGCGAGGUGUCACCAAAUGGUACGGUGGUUACGUGGUAUAAGGACAAUAUCCAGUAUUUCCUUGGUAAAAUACCCUUGCAACGGGAGGAGACCAGAUAUUCUAUUGUUCCCAACACAACAGAUUUGAACAUCAAGAACGUUCAGGUAUCUGAUAGUGGUACAUUCAGGUGUGAGGUGCUACAAAACGUACCUGUCGCCAUAAACCACUCGCUUCUGGUCACCGAAAAACCAAAAGUUGUCAAUAUAACAGCUACAAACGGUGGGGUCGUUGGUGAAGGUCGGGAGUUGUUGCUCACAUGUCAGGUGACCGGUUCUCCAGUCCCGACUGUCAUGUGGUCUUUAGCCAAGAAUAAUGAGAACGUACGUCUAUCAGAGAAGGACGGCGAAUUCUCAGUGAACGGUAAUGUUUACUCCAUGUACAUCAAGAGUGUGAAGAGAGAGCAGGCUGGCACGUACUACUGCUACGCCAUCAACAAGGUUGCCCACGAUCAAGGAGAGAUAUCAGUCAUUGUCAACCCCAAACCGCGAGUGCACGUCACCAAGGCUGUUGUGAACUCUGAUCUGAAAAUUGAUGCUGUCCUGGAAUGCGCCGCUCAUGAGGAACCCAGACCCCACAUUCACUGGUACAAGGAUGGCAGGCUCAUUGAAGAUGGCGCUUCUAACUUCAAGAUCAGCACCAGUGGCUCUAACUCCAACCUGACUGUAUCACCAACUGUUGAUGAGGACUUUGGCACUUUUACUUGCGAGGCUGAAAACAACUACGGCAAGCAUAACAGGUCGAUAGAGCUGGUACAAAGCCCUGUGGUGGACGGCUUGGAGGUGGACGGCACCAAAUUAUCCUGGACAGUGCACUCGCAUCAGCCUCUUGAAGAGAUGGAAGUACAGCUCAGAUCUUUCAGUGAGAACGGAGACGGUGAAUGGAGACGACUGGCCGUCCCUCUGCCAGAAGGCAAGCACCACAAGUACGACAUCUCGUAUCUUCUAGAAGAUAAACAGCUGGAGACUGGUGAUUAUGAAGCCAUUGUCAAAGUGAAGAACACCAAAAGCUGGGGCAGUUCCAGUGAGCCUGCGAUUGUUAAAAUUGAAGAUGAUCAGCCACAGUACAUCCAGCACGCUUCAGUAUUCCGCAAAAACUCAGCGCAUUCUAUCCGGCCACUGUACACCAUGCUAUCUACAAUCCUCAUGUACCUCCUCGUACGAAUGUUUUAA